UCUCUCUCUCUCUCUCUCUCUCCACUCCUCUGUUUCAUCAUCACAUGCCCCAUUCUGCUUCCAUGCAUUAGCCUUCUCUUUUCGACACUAGCCUAAGUCCAAACAUGAGACCAUCCGAAGUAAAUGGGAAACAGAACCCACAAACAGAGCAUUUCAGAAUGAAGAAACAGGGGAAGUGAAAACAGAGCACAAGAAAAGCUCUCAUUGUUCUGCUCCUCGAAUACAUUUUCGAACCACCCAUCUUCUCUUUUCUCAUAUUUUGACAUCAUGGGUUCUUGUAAAGAUCGAGAACGAGACCCUCAAACGACGUUUGUGUUCGUUCACGGGCCUAUCAUAGUAGGUGCGGGGCCAUCCGGUUUAGCAGCUUCAGCUUGCCUAUCUGAACAUGGUGUUCCUUCACUGAUUCUUGAAAAGAGCGAUUGCAUAGCUUCUUUAUGGCAACACAGAACCUAUGAUCGCCUCAAAUUGCAUUUGCCUAAGCGGUACUGCGAGUUACCACUCCUGGGCUUUCCCGAACAUUUCCCCAAGUACCCAACCAAGCACCAGUUCAUCUCAUACAUGGAGGCCUAUGCUUCGCACUUCUCAAUAAGGCCAAACUUCAUUCAGAAUGUCGCAAAAGCUGAGUUUGACCCUAUUCGUGGGUUCUGGAGGGUUCAAACUCAGGAGUUUCAGUACAUUUCUAGGUGGCUCAUUGUUGCCACAGGAGAAAAUGCAGAGCCUUUUGAUCCAGAGAUUGUUGGACUGGACAAGUUCAAUGGUUUGGUGGUUCAUUCUAGUGAGUACAAGUCUGGUUCAGAUUUCAGAAACCAGAGGGUUUUGGUUGUGGGUUGUGGCAAUUCUGGGAUGGAAGUUAGCUUGGACCUUUGUAGGCAUAAUGCAACUCCUUAUAUGGUUGUUAGAAACACGGUACAUGUUCUCCCUAGAGAAAUGUUUGGCUUCUCAACGUUUGGAAUAGCAAUGUCACUGCUCAAAUGGCUUCCCCUUAGAAUGGUUGACAAGCUCCUCCUUGUGAUGGCUAAUCUUGUCUUAGGCAACACUGACCAUUUAGGUCUCCGGCGGCCCAAAACUGGCCCAAUCGAGCUCAAAAACAUCACCGGAAAAACCCCUGUGCUCGAUGUCGGUGCUCUUUCGCAUAUAAAAUCCGGCAACAUCAAGGUGGUGGCAAGUGUUAAAGAGAUCACAAAAACUGGAGCUAAAUUCAUGGAUGGACAAGAAAAGGAGUUUGAUUCCAUAAUAUUAGCAACAGGGUUUAGGAGCACUGUUCCUUGCUGGCUCAAGAGUGAGUUUUUCACCAAAGAGGGCAUGCCCAAAACCCCAUUUCCUGAUGGGUGGAAAGGAGAGAAUGGACUGUACACAGUUGGAUUCACAAGGAGAGGCCUCCUUGGGACGGCCAGCGACGCCAUUAAGAUUGCCAAAGACAUUGCAGAUCAAUGGAGGGCAAUAAAUGAUUUAUCAGAAAUAUCAGUGAUUCCCAUCUCAUCCCACUUAGAAAAGUCACAAGCAACAUAAAAACCUUGUCAGAAGAGAAUUCCAAAAAAUCAUUGAUGGGGUUGUGGGGUUCUAAGUGAUAGAGUAGGCUGUGUGGUACUUUGAAUUUUCUCUUUU